UUUAGCAAAUCUCUCUAUAUAUUAUUACAAUUAUAUUUUAUUAUGUACAAUCGAUGCGUUACUUAAACUUUUAUGCCACAGAUCAAAAUGUCGGAUGAAGUAUGAAGCUUUUUAAGUUGAUAGUGCAUCAGAAGAAUUUCAGUGGAGAAGACCUGAUCAUCAAUCCGAAGGAUUAUCCAGGUAUAAAAACCGGCGAUGUUGUCGAAAUUUAUCAUCCCGAAGAUGAGUUCAGUCGCUUGCUGUUGCAACUUACCUCCUUCAAGGAAGACCUCCAGGGUCGCGAAACUAUUAGCGUGGAAAAUAACGUAGCGUCUAUGUUUCAACUGCGAACAUUCGCUGAUGUAUAUAUGAAUAUAGUGAAUCCGGAUGAUGUAGCUCUAGAUUCUGUAGAGUUAACUUUUAAGGAUCAGUAUAUGGGACGCAGCGAAAUGUGGCGCCUAAAAAACAGCUUGGUAAACACUUGUGUAUAUAUCAAUAAGAAGAUAGAGUUUUGCAGUGGUAGUAUACGUUGUCAAGUGUAUGAAAUGUGGUCACAGGGUGAUCGUGUUGCUUGCGGUGUUAUAACUGAUGAUACUAAAGUAGUGUUUCGAUCUUCUACAAGUAUGGUGUAUCUGUUUAUUCAAAUGAGUACUGAAAUGUGGGAUUUUGAUAUACAUGGAGAUCUUUACUUCGAGAAAGCAGUUAAUGGAUUUUUAGCAGAUUUAUUUCAGAAAUGGAAAAGAAAUGGGAGCAAUCAUGAAGUUACCAUAGUACUGUUCUCAAGAACUUUUUAUAAUGCAGCUAGUUUGGAGGAAUUUCCAAAUCAUAUGAGAGAGUGUUUGCAACAUGAUUACAGAGGAAGAUUUUAUGAAGAUUUUUAUAGAGUUGCAGUACAAAAUGAAAGGUUUGAAGAUUGGAGUAAUAUCUUGGUACAGUUACGUAAACUGUUCACUGAUUAUCAAAAAAUUGUUUUGGAAUAUCAUCAAAAACCAGAUAUUAAUAUGCCUAAGGCAGUAAAUUCCACUGCUGCACAGGGUAAUUUUCUGGAAGUGUUAAAUAUGUCUCUGAAUGUUUUUGAAAAACACUACUUGGAUCGCAGUUUUGAUAGGACUGGUCAGUUAUCUGUAGUUAUUACACCUGGAGUUGGAGUCUUUGAAGUUGAUAGAGAGCUGACAAAUGUGACAAAGCAAAGAAUUAUUGAUAACGGUGUUGGAAGUGAUUUAGUAUGUGUUGGAGAACAACCACUUCAUGCAGUUCCAUUAUUAAAGUUUCACAAUAAAGAUUCUUCUAUAAAUGCACCAGAUGAUUAUAGCAUGCCUCAUUGGAUAAAUCUUAGUUUCUAUUCCACGAAUAAAAAGAUUCCCUAUUCCACAUUUAUACCACGAAUAAAAUUGCCGCCGAAGAUUUUGAAGCAUCAAACAGAUAAUGACAAAUUACAUUGCAAAACCAGACUUCUGCAAGAAGAUCCAAGAGAAUGUCUGCAUAAUACAUUAUUUGAUUAUGAUGCUUAUGAUGCACAAGUGUUUCAAUUACCUACAGUUCACACUUCAAGUGUACAAAGGUUAAAUACGAGAAGAAAAAAGACGAGCGUGGUAUGUCUUGAAACUCAUAAUAAUGGCUAUUUAUUAAAGCUCUUGAAACGUAAACUGUCAGAUCCUGAUAUACAUCAUCCACCACCUGAAACACAUUCACCGCCAAUUCUUGCACUACGAAGUGCAGCGAUAACGAUACCGCAUAAAACUGAUGAUGAUAAUAUUGAAUCAAAUGAAGAUAGAACUGGUGUAUCCAGAACGCCAGUCAAAAGCGAUUUAACUGACUCUGAAAUAUCUCCACCUUUUAGACCUGUUGUUGGUAGUGCUGGUAGCCCAACGAACUCAAUUUCUCAACCAACGAAUAUACUUAGGCCUGGUAGAGCAUUAAUCAAUCCUUUUGAUCCAUCACAUGUUACCAUUAAACUUACCAGCAACAGACGACGGUGGACUCACAUAUUUCCGAAAGGUCCUACAGGAGUUCUAAUACAGCAACAUCAUUAUCAAGCUGUUCCAAUGCAGUCACAUUUGGAAUCGCAAAGUGAAGUUAUACCAUCAACCAUAAGCGGAUCUCAGAUGGAAGUUGGGGCGAAUAAUUUAAAUCAGAUUUCAAGAUCAGCAUCUCAAAUAAGAUUUCAAGAUUAUACGAAAGGAAAGUCACCGCGAUCUAAUCCCCCUACAGUUGCUAAUGGUGAUAAAGCUGCGAAUCCUUCAGCUAUCGCUAAUAAAAGUCUUACUCUCCUGUGGGGUGCUACUGGUGAGCAGGAAUGGACGCCUGCUCUAACAACAGCAAUCAUAGGGGUCGACUGGAAAUCUUUGACAAUUCCUGCGUGUCUGCCCAUCACUACUGAUUACUUCCCAGAUAAGCGGAGCUUACAAAACGAUUAUGUUGUAUCGGAUUACAAUCUUCUUCCAGACGAUGUGAACGCUGAUUUUGCUCAACAACGAGCAAUAUACAAAAAACCGCUCACAACUGUUGAAGUAUUUAAGGAGCUGGUCUCACAGCGUUUGGCCCAAGGUUUCCAGCUAAUUAUUUUAUCAUCGUUUAAUAAAAAUCAAAGUAACGCCGCUGGUAGCAAUACUGUUCCAGCGAUUAGUACAGUAAUGCGUGGCAGACAGACAGAAUCUGAGCCCAAAGAGGAAUAUCUGCUUAGUAUUGGAAGAAUUUUUCAUAAAAUAUCACUGUUCGAUAAUUCUAUAACAGUUACGAGAUACCGUCCGCGGCACCCUUAUCCACCUUUUAAUAUUCACUAUCAAUAUCGAUUUCAUGCUCCACAUCACGACACGUAUGAAGUCUCUCGGGUAUCUUUCACCACAGAAAAGCUCGAGACUUAUAACUGGAAUUAUCUGGACCAUUACAUUUGCACACGAGGUCAUACUGAUUUUGCUUUAGUGGAAGCUCUCAAAUAUUGGAGGUUUCGAGUAUUUCUAUUACCAUAUAAUAAUCCUGCGACUCGUAAAAUUUUAGAAGGUUCUCCAAGAUGUGAUAUAUACACUACGCUUAGUAAUGCUGAACAGGCAUCAUUAAUGGACGGCUUUUUGCGCUUUAUCGAGGGCUGGUUGAACAAAAUACGGCGACCGAAUCCUAAUAAAAACUGGAGCCCCACAGCUCUAGGUGGUGUCCCUCCAAGAGAUCCUGCCUCUCAUUUGACCAGACGCAGGCACAGCACGAGCCUGAUAUUCCUCACUAACCAGAGCAUUUUGGUAGUGAGUGAGGGAGUGACGGGGUUGUUGUUGCUCUCUGUACAGGAGAGGCAUGUAGUGAAUACCGCUGCGGCUGCCCGCACGUGCCUCGACACUCCUCGCCACGUGCCAAACAGAUCUGGUUCGAAAGUAAUGGACAGAGGACGUGUAUCACCUGCCAGUGAAGCUGUUUUACCGUUGUCGCUCGAGCAACAGCAGCAGGAUCAUUUUGAUGCUAAUGACGAUAGUACAAACCAGGAGCUAACCAAGAUAAAAAGUAACGCGACAAACGUGGAAAUUUUGGAAGCCAUGAAACAUCCUCAGACUGGUGUUGGUUUUUUAACACAACAUCCCUCACUUCCUAGCCAAACAUUUGUUAGCGCCGAUGCAAUCCAAUGGUUAAACAAUCAUGUAGAAGGAGGCAUGGAAAUCGAACAUGGUAUUAAUAUUAUGAAGGGAAUGAUUCAAGACAAAUUGAUAUGUCAUGCAUCUGGUGACUUUUUACAACCCUUCGUCUUAGGAUUUUAUUUGUAUCAUAUCGUGCAGGAUAAAGAAAAUCAAAAAGCCGCAGACUAUUCUGCUCCGCUCGGGAAUUUGCAAAGUUUCGAGAACGAAUGGGUAGAAAUAGAGAUGAGACCACCGAAAGGAUGGUGUGAGCCAUCUUCGACAACAGUGCCCACAGUAUCCACAGCUCCUAGUUGCGAUACUAUUGACGAAUCCAAUGUUCCAUCUUUUUUGAGAGAUGAUAUCGAUUUGACUGAAUCAAUGGAUGAUAGAAAUUGGACAGUGCCAUUGUAUAAACACACUCAUUUGGAUAUUGAUAUUAAUAAUAAAAGUGACAGGAUCGAAUGGGGUCAUUUAAGAUAUCAGUCUAUUUAUAAAGUAGAUAAUUCUUACGAACUUGUAGUUCAAUGGGUAGCAUCAUCAGGCAGUAUAGUAGCCGAUCUGAUAUUCGUUUGGCAACGCAAAGCUCAAAUGUGCGGGAUACAAAUGGUACCAAUUCCCUGUGAUUUGUUGGCGCUGCCAUAUACUUUGAAAAGCGAUCCUCUAAGAGGACCUAUUUUCAUACCACUCGAUACGGAAUGCUUGAUGACAAAUAAGCGGCACCUUUUUGAAGAAUUCCGAGAAGAUACCUAUGCGCAAAGAUUAUUUUUAUUCCAAGAAGCAAUUUUGCAGAGAUUUGGUUUUAUGUCGUGCUUAGUCGAGAAUACUGAAAAUGAUCGUCAAUACGUUCACAUUACUGGCAAUGCAUUUAUAUUAGUGCCAUCCACUACGAAUACUCGGCCGCGUCCGCGAACGGCUACCAAUGUCGUACGACGAAAUACAGGACAGAAAAGAUAUCCGGUUCAUUCAGAUCAGUCUAGUCCGCAUGAAGCGUACAUUACACGACAUGUUGGCGGAAAAAAGGAUGACCAUAGCACAGAUAGGAAAGUGGGCUUUUUAUGGUCUUGGAAUCAUAUGGUCAGCCGUAAGUGGAAGUCGUUAUCUCUUUCAGCGGGCGAUGAAUUUUUCCAGAAGAAAAUCAUACAGGAUUUUCGACACUUUUGUUCCAAUGGAGACAAUAGACUUAAAGAAUUUUGGGAAUCUUGUUGGGAGUUAAAAGAAAAAACUUGUACAAAAGCAAAGUAACAAGAUAUUGUUUUUUUCCAAAGAUUUAUGAAAUGAUCGAUCAUUUUUCAUUUUGUAAAUUUCAUCAAAUUGUUAUUGUUAUUUGACUGUUAGUCUAAUAUUUCACGUGUCGUACGACAAAUUUGUUAAGCGUGUUGAUUGACUGCAAAAUAGAAAUCCAAGAACCUCUUUAUUCUACAGCCAACCAACAAGCUUGAAAAGUCUUAUCAUACAAUACAUGAAAUAUCAGCCAUAGGUUUAAUUUAUCAAAAUAUAAUUGUACAAUGUUUAUAAGAUAUAAGUCUGUACAAUUUUUGUAA